CAUCAGGUUCACAAUAGUUCUAUAGCCUAUAAAAGAGAAAUAAGAAAGGCAAUUUUAAUAAAUGUAAGACAUUUGUAACACAUUUUCAUAUAUGAAGUGUUAUACAAACGUACGAUUUUAGAUUGUGGUCAGUUGAAUCAGAAUAAAUCGAACAAGUGACUUGCACAGAAAAUUCUGUACGGUAAACAAUGAAGAUCUCAGAGGUGUUAAAUUGCAGUUUCUCCUCCUGGUAUCCCAGGUUUAAGGAUUACACUAUCAAAAGUCAAAUCCUUCCAUUGCCACAGGAGUUUGUAGAUUACCUUCUUGCUGACCAAGUUGUCCUGCCGGAAGGGACAGUUGCUAUGUCAGCUAGUGACUCCGAUACAGAAGACAACAGAAAUACUGAGGCUCCAAGUUUUCCAGAAUUUGAAGUGUUAUUGAAGAAUACAAUCAAAAGAUUAGGUGGGCAGGUUUUCCCAAAAUUAAAUUGGUCAGCUCCCAAGGAUGCUACAUGGAUAUCAUUUGAUAGAACAUUAAAAUGUACAUGUACCAGUGAUGUCUACCUCCUGUUAAAAAGUUCAGAUUUUAUAUCCCAUGAUCUCACACAACCGUUUAAACAUUGUUGUGAUGACGAGAAUUUGAAGAACGAGACCAGUGUAAAAUACGAGCUAGUUCUGAGGAAGUGGCAGGAGUUGAACCCGGCAUAUGAAUUCAGAUGUUUUGUUAAAGAUAACAAACUCAUUGGAAUAUCCCAAAGACAUAAUGACAUGUAUUACAAAUUUAUACCAGAAAACAGACAGGAAAUCAUUUCAGACAUACAGGCAUUCUAUUACCACAUUGUGAAAGACAACUUUCCUGAUAAAAGUUAUUGUUUCGAUGUAUACCGAAGGUGUCAAGGCAAGUUGCUAUUGUUGGAUUUUAAUCCAUUUGGACGUGUGACAGAUGGUUUGUUGUAUACAUGGGAAGAAUUAGAGAGUGAUGAUUUAUUACCAGCCGAUGACACCCAACAUCAUGUUCCAGAAAUGAGAUGUGUUGAAUCACCGUCUGGAGUUAGAUCUAACCCCUAUGGAGCAUACGCCUUCCCUAAAGAUUUUAUAGACAUUUCUAGUGGUGAUGAUCCUGCAAAGCUGAUACAGUUGUUACAACUGAAAACACAAGAACAGAAUGGAACAGUGUCAAGUGAUGAGGAAUCUACUGAUUAUCCUGGGACAUGAUGAUGUAUUAGUGCUCUGUGUUUUAAAUUUGAUGACUUUUAUAAAAAAAAUUUCCAAUAUUCUCUAGCAGUGUUCUGAGCAGCCGAGAAGGCUUUUUCCCCUUAAGAAAAUAAUUGAAUAAUGGAAGAUAGAGGCACUUUCAUACCUUAAAAUAAAUCAGUGUUAUGUAUUUUGAUCCAAAAUGUUUCAAGAUGUUCUUUUGUAACAAAUAUUUAUAUUUUCAUCAUUUUAAAAUGCCAGGGCAUUUUUUCUUGAUUCUCCCAGUUUUACACAAUAAUGUCCUCUAAAUAACAGUUUAAAACUAAAAUUGACUUCUGUAAGAAGUAUUAAAUGGAUAAUUACAUGAAAGUUAAACAUUACAGGUCAGUUAAUACUUAAAGUAAUAUCGCCUGUACAAUGUUGGUGAGAACCUUAUUCUUCUUACAUGUCUAAAAUGUCCCAAAUCGGUGAUGAAUGUGAUAGUAUUACAGUUCUAGUUUUGUCUGUGGCAUUUUGUGUCCCAGGGUUUUUUUUUAUAGAAAAUGGUCUGUGACUAAAUACAAUAGAUAUAUUUUUGAUUCUGUA